UUUUUUUUUUUUUUUGUAGCCGGCUCUAUAAAUACAAGUAGAGCAGUACAGUACGACAGUAUGUUUGUACGAAGAAGUUAAUACCAGCUACGCGAUUCUAUUUGAAGACCACUUCCUAAUUCUACAAUAAGCGAUCAUGUCUUCCAUUGUAUCUGCUUACCCAGAUGACAGUCAGACAUCAAAGUUCUGGCAGAAAUCGAAGGAGUCUCCAUUUGUUCCAGUUGGCAUGGCAGGUUUUGCUGGGAUCGUAGCUUUAGGCCUGUACAAGAUGAAGACUCGAGGAAACACUAAAAUGUCUGUCCAUCUUAUCCACAUGCGUGUGGCAGCUCAGGGAUUUGUUGUUGGAGCAAUGACUAUUGGAGUUGUUUACUCAAUGUAUAGAGACUUCUACUUGAAGCCGCGAGAGCAAGCAAAAGCCCUGCUGGAGAAAUGAGUCUGUUUGAACGUUUUUAGCAAUUUAUGUUUUUUAUUUUAAACUCAAAUAUAGUAUAUAGUGUUUGUUAAAAUAUCAUUAAAAAAAACAAACAUGACAUACAGCAUUUAUCAUGGGCCUUCGGGUGAGUUUGUUAUACAUCAGCUGCUCACCGCCUAUGAUGUUAACACCAUAUGUCAUGUUUUUUUAUGACCUAUAUGUUUAUGGACUGAAUGCUUACAUCAAUAGGAAAAUACUGUGUGUGUAUAUGUAAAAAAUAAUAUAUAAAUAUAUUUAUAUACUAUACAAAUUCCUACAUCAUGACGUUCACUGGUUGGCAGCUUCAUUUAAAAACAAACAAGCACAAUCCGACAGAAAAUAAAGACACAGACUUUGAACCAAACAAUGAUAAGAGCUCAAAAAGUGAUGUUCAGACCAAUUACAAUUAGAACUGAAGAUGCUUUUAAAAGAGAACACAAAUACAAGGCAGACACCUGUAAACCUCACACAUUUGUGUUCAGUGAGCGAAAUAACACAAAAUAUCCAUUAUGCAUGUUUAUAUGAGUUUUAAUAGAAAACCAUCCCGCAUGAUCAUUUCACUCAGUAUAGGUUUUGCCAGAAAAUAUCACACCUGGACUACUCGUGCAUUACUGCCCCAAACCAACUCGAGACAUAUAAUAUUGUGUGAUAAUGUAUUCUGACCCAUACAUGAUUGCACUGAAGACUAUUGUGGUCUGUGCUAUUUGUUUUAAUAAUGCUAAACUUGUUAUUGCAGUGGUGAUUUUAAACUAAAUAUAGAGGAGAUACUGUAGGGUCUAUGUGGGUAAAUGGGACCAUGCCAGUUUUAUACAGUACAUUUCAGUUAUGUCCUUGACACCUAAUGGCUGUUUUUACAGUAAUACCAACAGGAUAAAUGAGUGCUUCUUUUAUUAAAACUACAACCUUUUUCUCUACGUCUGCUAACUCAUAAAUAAUGAAUAGGGAGCUUUACAUACUGACAUUCUGUGCAGUGCCUUUUAUGAUAGCUAAUGUGUAAUCUUCCUCAAUGUGCUAUAGUUAGAACAAUGCUUACCUGAUAUUACAUACUUUCAUUUCAAAACCUUUUUUGUAUGUUUUUAAUCAAAUAUAUUAUGCCCGAGGAAGAUGCAUUGUAGAUGAACCAGUGUGAGGGAACCCGCAUGUCAUUUCUCUUUCUAAUUGUCUCUGAAAGUGUGACACUGUUUUAAAUACUGUGCUGUAAAAUGUGUUACAAUUGUAUAUAUGGUGCUCUGUAUACAUUGUUUUAGUUCACGUUCUUGUGCUCAUGUUGUAUGUUCUGCAUUCCUAUGAAACAAUGGUAACAAGUUAAAUAUUAACAUUAAAUUAGUCUAUUUAUUUGCACAGUAAAGUUAUGAGAUACUUUAAGGUUAUAUAUGUUUGUUGUCUGUUUUUUUUUUCUUCUAAACUGUAUAUCUGUAUUGUCUUCUCUGUCAUACAAAAAACUAAACUUCUAUUAAUGUAUGUCAAAUAAAAUCUUAAUUAUGA